GAGGGCGCGGGCCCGGGUGAGAGGGCGGCGAGCCCGCUCCGAGCUGCGCGGGGUCCGGCGGGCCCGGGGGCUCGGCCGGCAGCCCCGAGGGGCGGCAGCGCCGGCGGCAUGGAGCAAGCAGCGCCUAAGAGCAAACUGAAAAAGCUAAGUGAAGACAGUUUAACAAAGCAACCUGAAGAAGUCUUUGAUGUUCUGGAGAAACUUGGUGAAGGGUCUUAUGGUAGUGUGUUUAAAGCAAUACACAAAGAGUCUGGACAAGUUGUAGCAAUUAAACAGGUCCCUGUGGAGUCAGAUCUUCAAGAAAUAAUUAAAGAAAUCUCUAUAAUGCAACAAUGUGACAGUCCCUAUGUUGUCAAGUACUAUGGCAGCUAUUUUAAGAACACAGAUCUAUGGAUUGUUAUGGAAUAUUGUGGAGCUGGCUCUGUUUCAGACAUAAUUAGACUGCGUAAUAAAACGCUAACAGAAGAUGAAAUUGCAACUAUUCUGAAAUCUACUCUUAAAGGACUUGAAUACUUGCACUUUAUGAGAAAAAUACAUAGAGAUAUAAAAGCUGGAAACAUCCUUCUUAACACCGAGGGACAUGCAAAAUUAGCUGAUUUUGGUGUGGCUGGCCAGUUAACAGAUACCAUGGCAAAACGUAAUACUGUUAUAGGAACUCCAUUUUGGAUGGCUCCUGAAGUAAUACAAGAGAUUGGCUAUAACUGUGUAGCAGACAUCUGGUCCCUUGGUAUCACUUCAAUAGAAAUGGCUGAAGGAAAGCCUCCAUAUGCAGAUAUUCACCCAAUGAGGGCUAUUUUUAUGAUUCCUACAAAUCCCCCUCCAACCUUCCGGAAGCCAGAACUCUGGUCUGAUGAAUUCACUGAUUUUGUGAAGAAAUGCUUAGUGAAAAAUCCUGAACAAAGAGCUACAGCAACCCAGCUGCUACAGCAUACAUUUAUUAAGAAUGCUAAGCCAGUUUCAAUUUUAAGGGACCUGAUAACUGAAGCUAUGGAGAUAAAGGCAAAGCGACAUGAGGAACAGCAGAGAGAACUAGAAGAGGAGGAAGAAAAUUCGGAUGAAGAUGAGUUGGACUCUCACACUAUGGUAAAGACCAACUCAGAGAGUGCUGGUACCAUGAGAGCCACAAGUACGAUGAGUGAAGGCGCCCAGACAAUGAUUGAACACAACAGCACUAUGUUAGAAUCAGACCUGGGGACCAUGGUAAUAAAUAGCGAUGAUGAUGAAGAGGAAGAUGGGACCAUGAAACGAAAUGCUACUUCACCGCAAGUUCAAAGACCUUCUUUCAUGGACUACUUUGAUAAACAAGAUUCCAAGAAUAAAAGCCCUGAAAACUGUAAUCAGAACAUGCAUGAACCUUACCACAUAUCCAAAAAUGUUUUCCCUGAUAACUGGAAGGUCCCUCAAGAUGGAGACUUUGAUUUUUUAAAGAAUCUGAGUUUGGAAGAAUUACAGAUGAGAUUAAAAGCUUUGGACCCUAUGAUGGAACGAGAAAUUGAGGAGCUUCGUCAGAGGUACACUGCAAAGAGGCAACCCAUCCUAGAUGCGAUGGAUGCAAAGAAACGGAGGCAGCAAAAUUUCUGAGUUUGUUUUACUUUCAGACAUAAUACUAUGAGUCGCUGUGGACACUGGUAACUUUGUAACAGUCUGAAGGAAUUGGAUUAUGAGAGUUUUCAAAAACCCAGUCUGUUGAAAUUUCCUUCACAAGCAAUGACAAUUGGAGCAGUGAAAGAAUAUACAUAUGGUGUUCUGCAAAGGCAGAGAAACACAUCACCACUUGUUUGCAUUUUCAAAUGUUUAAUGUAAUACAAGUUUAAUCUGUUACUUCCCAAUCUUUUUCAGGUAUAUAGUGGUAAUUUGGUGUUGUACAUUGGGAAUUGUGUUUUGGAGCACCUGGAAUGAUUUCUCGAUUGUGCAACACUACCGAGCCUUAUAUUGCAAUGUAUUUUUCUUCCCCUUAGUAGCAUAUUUAUUAUGUAAUCUUUGGUUAUCCUAUUUAUUUUAUGCCUGUUUCCUUUUACGUUGGGAAGUAUUAGGAUAAUAUUGUGGAGAGCAGAGUCAGAUUAGAUAAAAUUGGUAUUAUGGUAUAAUGAAAAGUUGCUCACCACUCUAUUAUCUUUUAACAAUUUCCAAUUUCAGCAAGCAUCCCAGUUCAGGACAGCACUUGAACAUGUAUCCAGCCGAUUUGUAUCAGUAGGAUUUAAGCAGAAAGUAAGAGUAACAGGCACAUGUUUUCCUGCUCUCCUGAAUUAAGGACUGUGGUUGUAGUUGAGCAGUACAGUUGUUACACUACAGAGGAUUUUUAGAGAGUAUUUCUGUCAUUUCUACGCACACUGAGUCAGCUGUCAUUAAACAAGAAAACAAGUGCCUAAUCAGUUUUGAUUUUUGUUAUUCAGAAGAAGCAAUACUUGCAGUCACUCCAGUGUAAACUUCCAAUUACUAUUGCAAUUCUGACCAGUAUAAACCUCUAUUUUGCACCAUAGUUUUAUAAUGAAGUAACAGCUACAGUUUUUGGAUGUUUUUUUGGUUCAUUUGGGUUUCUUUGUCACUGUUUUGAGGGGAGAGGGGAGUUAUUAGUGGUUUGGGGUUGUUUUGUUUUCACAUUAUAGAUACAAAGGGAUAGUAAUUUAAAAGCCAAAGAAAAUAAAAUUAAUACUUAUAUUUAAUAAGUACAGAAAAGAAGCAACAUUUUACGGUCCUCUGAGAGUUUUGUCCUGCAAUCACUAAACAUUCAAUAUUCCUGUAGUCUUGUGUUGGUAGAUUUUCGGGAAUCAGAAAUGCAGGACCAAGCUCUUAACUUUUUACAAUUUGUUUUAUCUGGUUUAUAUUGUGGAAUACCUAGUAGGUAGAAUUUACAACAUUGCAAGAAAUAUUUCAUACUUAGCAGAAAACAUGAUCCACUUUCUGAACAAUCUACUGUGUUCUCUAUUGAAAUAUUUACUAUUGUUGCCUUUUAUGUAAAUAACUUCACUGUGAUAGUCAUACUUCUUUAUACAAUACAGCUGAAAAGAUCUUUACAUUCAGCCUUUAGCUGUUAAACUUUUAAUGGUGACUACUGUAUGGGCAUCUUCUGUUAAAUGUUUUCUGGAAGUUAGUAAUCAUCUCAUACCUCUUAACAUUUAUUGUCAUCAUACAUGGACCAUUUAGAUGGAACAGUGCAGAUUUUGGAAAUGGUGCAUUAUAUCACAAAGCUUAUGCAAAAGGAAACCAAAAGUUUUCACAAGAUCAGCAUUCUACAGCUGUGCUGGGACCAGGUCUUGGGUUUGAGCCAUUGUUGUCAUUGUCAUUCUCUAUGUGUUUGCAUGUACACCACGCUCUGACAUGUAAACCCUAGAGUCAAAUAAAUCUUGAUUGUGAUUGUUAGAACAUCUGUACCCUCAACUCUCUUCAUAUUUCCUACAGCGAUGACCAUUCCGUGUGAAAAUGCAAGAACACAGAAGAUCCAUAAAAGUUACUUUAGGCAAGAUAAAAUGAACCUGGUAGUCUUAUGCCUCACAUUUAUACAAUGAAAUGAUGUAAAGUAAAAAAUGGUAUAAUCAUGUCAAUGUGUCAUUAGAUUAUAAUCAUAAUGCAGGAAAAAAUAACAGUACCAACUUCCCCCAUCAACAUGGUUCUUAUUUAUUUAAAAUGAAUUUCUACUUCUUGAACUUUCUGUUCUCAAAAACUCAAAGAUGUGUGUGCAUACAGAGAUUUGUGUAGGUAUACACACAUAUAUAUGCAUAUCUAUAUACGUAAGAAAAAAUAUAAAACACAUUUAAACCAUCAGGAGAGGAACCUAGCUUGCCUUUUCUUGGUGUGCCUUUUAAGCAAAGUGUCAUUGUCCAGACACUCUUACCUGCAUCCUUAGCAGCUAAAUUUUCCCUUUCUCUAUCUUAAACUUUUCACACCAAAAAUAAGACACUGAUUUUGAAUAAUGUGGCUUUACAGUGUAAUAGACAGUGUAACAAAAAUUAUCACAAAUUUCAUAUUUUGUGUAUUCUGAAAACUGUAGUAAUGUGGCACCCUAAAAAUUAAUUGCUUAUCCUGAGGGACUCCAGUAAAAGGCCAUUUUAGACUAGAGCUGUUGCAGUCUGGCAUCUGAAAGCCAUCAGAAGGACAUCCUUUCUUCAAUCCUGAUGUAUCUGCAUAGAAACAACUCAAUUUUUGUGCAUAUGCAUGCACACAAGAAUGGAUUAUACAUGCAGGAAAAAAAAUCAAAACACUAUUGAAUAAAACAAAUGUAAACAAGCUACUUAAAAUGCAUCUGAUGUACUGUAAACUCUGUAGAUACAGGAUGCUUGUGACCAAAGAAUACUUUCACCAAUUAAUAUGAAAUCAGUAAUGUUUCCAUUCUGGUAUGGUGCACACUGUGGUCAGUGAGAGCUGCCUUUGGCUUUAGCAGCCAAAGUAUGGAGCUCUAAAUUAAUGUGCAAACAUAGUAUAGGGAAAUAAGUUUUAUAUUCAGAGAUGGACGCAACUUAUUUUUUCUUUCUUCUGUUUAUAUAAAUGAAUCAAAUCAUCCAUGUUGAUGACUGCACGUCUCUACUGGAGGAUGAGCAUCUCUGUAAAGGAAAGUCAAUAGUAUAAUAAAUAAGAUAUUUUAAAAGCAAGCGUUGCAGAAAACCUGAUAGAACUACUGACAAGUUAACCUUCAGUAAGAUUUUAACCAAGCAAUUUCUUGUUUGCUUCUGACUUUGUAUGUUUAGGUUUAGUAAGUUAAAAAAAAUGAAAAAUCAUUGCUUAUUACUAAACAUUUGUAAUAAAAGCUAAUUUUUCAUGUAUAAUUGUUGACUUGUUGUUCAUUCUAACUGAAGUAAAAUUAUCUUAAUAGUAACCAUUAAUAUUCAUUUCCAUAGUCAUCCCUCAUGCUUUUGUUUCCUUUCUAUAACUGCAAGCCCAGCUGUGAGUGCAGAAAACCGUGUCUCUCAAAGUCAACUCUGGAAAGGAUUUUUCCAGAUCACAACGUUGUUGCAAGAUCUAGAAGUCUGAGGAUCUCCAUGAAAGCAUAGCAGGCCUAAGGAAAGAAAUCCUCAGUAUUAGCAGACAUAAAUGGCUUGUGUUGCUCCUUUGUUUUUCUCAUUGCACUAAAAAAUCAAUAAGUAAUGGAUAGGCUCGAGUAGGAAAAGUAAAUACAUAUAAUGAAUUUGAUUCCAUUGCCCAUUUAUUUUCUGGUUUUUUUUUUUAAUUAUUCUCUUAAGAAUUUGCCCACAGACAUUUUCAUGAAAAAUGAACUUGUGAGCAAAACUCCUUAGUGAUCCACAGUGUGUUUGAAGUGACAAAAUUCUACUGCUAAUCUGAACUAAUUUGACAAUUAAUUGGCUAGAAUAAUUAUUUACUGUUUAUUUAUGCAAAAUAAUAUGUUGUCUGCGUUUGCACAGUGUAUUCCAGUGAGAGUGCACAGUGGCUCAGGCUGCUUCUCCAUCCGGUGUGUUUGUUGAACUUCCAAAUAUAAAUAUGGCUCAUGAUGAGUGAACCCCUGCACAAAUAUGUGAGAUAGCCUGGCUCCCCCUUAAUAGGCACUGGUGCUUCCAAGCAGAAUGUGAACUGUACAACUUCUGUAAAGUACUUUGUGUGCGUGCUGCUCUGUCACUGUGAUAUGAUGGGAGUUACAUUUUCUUAAGUGUAUACAUGGUUAUAAAGCUAAUUAAAAAGACCUCACAAUGUGAGGAAGUCUAUAUUUCUUUGCAUUCUUAAAUACUAGUCUCCAGCUUACUGUGGCAUUUCUUUUUCUGUUUCCAAAGAUCAUGAUGGGUGUUACAUAGUCAUGUCACAGAAUCAAUUAGGUUGGAAAAGACCUCUGAGAUUAUUGAGUCCAGCCUAUGACCAAACCACCAUCAUGUCAACUAGACCAUGGCACUAAGUGCUGCCUCCAGUCUUUUCUUAAACACCUCCAGGGCUGGUGACUCUACCAAUUCAUGGAAGUUUUCCAACUUGUUUAGGUUGGAAAAGACCUCUAAGAUCAGUGAGUCCAAGUGUUAACCCAGCACUGCAAAGUCCACGCUAAAGCCUAAGUGCCACAUCGACACGUCUCUUAAAUACCUCCAGGGAUGGUGACACCACUGCUUCCUUGGGCAGCCUGUUCCAACGCUUGACAAUCUUUUUGGUGAAGAAAAUUUUCCUAAUAUGCAAUUAAAACCUGCCCUGGUGCAACUUGAGGCUGUACCAUGCAGUUGGCUGGGAAAUUUGCGUUGGGAUAUUUGUAUACCAGGCUGUGAUGCAGCUGAGUUAUGCCCACUAUUGCCACUGAAAACCUUGGAGAGGACGUGUCCUGGGUAGCAUGCACACACCCUGUUUCUCACCAUUGUGUUGUGCCAGAUGAAGUAAUAGCUUAAGCUUUUUGGGGAAAACCAAAUUACAUUGAUGUUCAGUGUGAAGUCAUUAAGUUGCACUUGUAGAUUUGCCCUGUUAAAUUUGUUUUAAAAUACCUUUUCACAGAAUGUAUUUCUCCUCUCUGUUCAGUGUAUUCAUUAUGGAAGGGGCCUAUCUUUUAUAUGGUGUGCUCUCAUCCAUUUUUGUUUGGUUUAAUUUGUUAGGGGUUUUUAAAGCAUACUUGAAAAUUCCCCAUAUUUUCCUUCUCUUCCCCCUGCUCAGGAAGAUGUAUGUGGGCUUUACUUUUCAGAGCAUCCCCUGAGCCAAGAGUCCUUGGGACAUUGUGCCCAAGUGCAAAUGUCAGCAACAGCUUUUAUUCUCUUCUUCUAUUCAGAGAUCACUGAAGUGAAGUCUCAGAUAUCCUGUUUUCCCUUCCUUUGAAAAGAUGGGAUGUUCAGAUUCUAAGCAAAUCUUUCUCUUUCAGAAUAUUUGUUAGUCCCAGACCAACAGAUACUUGAUACUUUUUUCCACUGUUAAUUUCACAGAUUCCUCCUAGUUUCACUAGGCCUUAGAGAAUCUUCUGGACUGGAGAAGAGUGAUAUUUGAAGAAAUAGGAAGAAAGAAACAUUUUUUUAAAUCUUUGGGGAGAAAAGAAAAAGCAUAUGGCAUUUGCACCUGGACAGGCUGCCUAUGAGGCUAACUAUGGAUGUGAGGAAAAAAGUGUUGGCUGACAAAAGCAAAUCAGGUGGUCAUCUAUGUAACUUACUGUUCUGUGUUGCUGUUUCACAUCUAAUUUUCUUCCAUUCGUGUUUUUUGUCUUCUAUGUUCAUGCUUUAUUUAUUUCCUUGCCACUUUCAAAGUUAGAAGUUUUAAUUUUUCUCAGACUUUAUAAAUGGAAACAUCCCAUAACAGUGCCAAAUAAAUAAACAUGUUCUCAGCAGGGCACAACGCUUACACGACAUCCUAAGUAGGUGCACAGUUCAUUCAACCCUUUCGAUAAAACCAUCUCCAUCCAUGUCUUGCCCAGCGUGGGAGCAGGGAAAGCCUUUCCAUGCAGAGGCAAACAACAUCUGCUGUCAAAAGCCUCCACUACCCCAGAUGAGUGGGGAAGCAAAGGAAAACACCUUGGUGACCUUGGUUGGGUUUUUUUCCAUGUUGACAGGGCUGCAGUAUGGCCAUAGCACCCAUAGGUGUGCCCGCAGCAAGGAAUCUGAGAAUCAUGUUUAACGCUUGGGAAGGAUAAAGUUCCCUGUGUCUGUUUUUUUGUUGAUGUGCAACAAAUAUUUAGUGUACCUUAGGGAACUGUCUCAGUGCAGUGGAAGAGUUUGUGUAAAGGCAUCAGCUAAUGAUCACUCCAUGCCCUGUGCCAGGGUGUUUCUUAUUCCAAUAGCACUAUUCCUUGGCCUCCCAAAUUCUUACUGUGGGUACUGGGUUUAGCUUUACUAGAAGUGAUGGUGGGAACAGGAAGGUUUCGUGUGAUGUAGGCAAACAGCCAGAGUUCUUGCUUGGUGUUGAUACUUGAUCAGUGAAACAGGCCUUUCUAAAGGCCACAGAAAAUUCAGAGGGGAUAAACUGGGCAGUAAGCAGGGAGCUGCCCAGAACCAGGCAGUGGGAAGGCAUUAGAAGGAAUUAAACUAAUCUGAUUCUGGGCUCAAAUGCUGGUUUUUCUGUCUGUCACAAUGCGGGAAAACAUUAAUGAUAUUUACCGUUUACCAUGGCACUACCAUUUACCAGCGAUCUUCAAAUUUUUUUCUUUAGAUUUCACAGCUUCAGAGGUUAAAUUUGUAAAUAUACGUGACCACGUGCUAAUGUAUCUGGAUAUAUUUUUUUCUGUCAAAUUAAUUAAACCAUAUAUUGUUUACUGAA